GAGAGGAUUCCCGCAGACUGUCUUCUUCUCACCUCCUCCCAUGCUGACGGCCACUGUUGUGUCGAGACUGCCAAUCUCGAUGGUGAGACGAAUCUGAAGAAGAAAACUGCGGCGCUGACGCCUGCCGAACUGGAAUCUGCAGCGCAGAACGUCCGCUUCGUGGGGGUGGGUGCCGCGCCCUGCCUUCGCUGUGAGCCUCCAUCCGGGGACCUCUACGCCUUCCGCAGCUCUUUGGAGCUCACCAAUGGCGAGGUUCGCGGACUCGGCGUCAGCACGCUGCUUCUGCGAGGGACUUCCCUUCAGCAGACC